AUGAGCAUCGAAAUUAACUAUAGAGAAAACAGCAAAGAGCAACAAAUUAUUGAAAAUUUUCAAUUAAUACAACACAGCAAAGCUACUAAAAAGCAAAUGAUCAACGGAGACUACGAAAAUUCUUCUCAAGAUCAAAAUAAUUUUACAAACACAGAAGAUUUGUCAGGAUUUUUUAAGAAAAAUCGUAAACAAUCUUCGCCAUUCGAAAACCCAAGCUCAAAUUGGAAAGAAUUAAAUUUUUCUAAUAAAUCAAGCAGAAAUGAUUUUUGCAACUUUUUGCAAAAAAGCACAAAUUGGACUAAUCCAUCGAGUUACUCAAUAAAAGAAGAAAACUCGAACAAAUACUUCAAAAAAAUUGACCCCGAAUUUAAAUUUUCGUCGAGUUUUCAAGUUAAAAAGGGCAGAAAUGAGGGAUUUGAAACUGAUAUGCUAAGAUGUCAGGAAUUUGUGUAG